GAUAUCUUGAUUGAUGCAACUCGAUCUGGCAUUGUUGAGCCCUUCGUCAUCCGGGUCAGGCCAUGCGAUCUUGUCGUCCAUGCCAAAACACAGAUUGCUGAGCUCAGCGGUCUCAGACUGGAUAGCCAACGCCUGACUCUCAGUGGACACACGCUGGCCAACGAGCGACGCCUGUGCGAUUGUGGGAUCCACGAGAACUCCAUCCUUCAGGUGACUUGCACCAAUGGUGCUGCAAGUGCGCCAAAGCCAUCCAUUGCAACAUCGGGCUGCCGAGCGCCGCGGGCGCAGAUGGAUGCCAGCGCAAAGAAGCAUCGCUGUCAAGGCUCAUGUCUCUUCUUGACAGUUCUUCAGACAUGGCCGCCUCAACGAAAACAGCGCUUGUGGCUGCAGAAAGCUCGUACCAUUGGACAACUUAAAGAGAGGCUAGAAGAAUUCUUCCAGGUCAGUGCCGAGCAGCAGAUUUUGAUUCACUGCGGCAGGACGCUUCAGAACCAGCAUACCUUGGAGUACUACAACUUUGAAGGGAGCGAAUGUAUUCAGCUAAUGUUGCAAGGAGGUCCGCGGAUGGCAGCAGGUCCUGUGGCCCUGAGGGCGCCGAGCCCCACAUAUGUCACCUUGCCGUUGCCUCCCAAUCCCAAGCCUUCGAACCUCACAGCAGCUCCAGAGUGGCAGCCUCGUUCAUUACACAUGGCUGGCAGAGUUCGGCGCGAGAUGCUCCAGGACUCUGACCAGGAGGUUUCGGAUGAUAAGUCGGAACCACCGAUCGACGUCGGGGAGACCGCUCUCACGCCUCAGGGAGAGUCCUUCAACGAGCAGGCGCAGCCGGCUGAAGCGCAAGACAAAGCAACGCAGGAGGCAGAACCUGCAGAGCCGACCGCGGGCAUCUCAGACAGCAACCCAAUAGCCGACGAGACGAUUCUUCAGGCAAGCUUGGCCUUGCUGGCCCAUGCCAUGGGCUUUCCCGCCGAGAGCUGA